GCAAGAACACCCAGCCCACUGCCCACGCCGUGCUGGAAGUGGUCCGUGCUCCGGCAGCGGCGGCGGGAGGAAGAGGGAAGCGAGGGGAUGGCGCAGCCGAGCAAGGAGCCGUGCAAGAAGGAGGCGUGCGACAUCCAGGCCUGCCUCUCCAAGAACAUGUUCGACUCCAGGAAGUGUGUGAGAGUUAUUCAGUUACUUCAGUCAUGUUGUGAGCAGUGUGAGUACAAAUCAACACACUGUGGUUCCUUGUCCGGAUUACUCAAGAACAUUUCUAAGUGAGGAACAAUACCGACAUACUUUACUGCAGCCAUUGAAUAAAAGUAAGUUUCCGAUACAUUUAGGAAUUCUGUGGUUACUACAGUUUGUUUCUGUUUCUACAUUUUCUCACUGGAAAUUUUAAAACCGAGUUUCAUUCUUGUGUUAAGGUUUCUAACUCCUAGUUUUAUGCAAAUAACAUCAUAAUAGACUAUGAUGAAUUUGAGUUAUCUAUUCUGGUAAAAGGUUAUCAUAUUUUAUCUUCAUCCUGAGAGCACCCAUUUUUAUCACUGUUUGUGUAUGGUUUACACUUAAUAUACUAAGUUCAGCACUAUUAGCUAUUCCGAUCCAAGCAUAAUUCAUUAAUAUUUCUUCUGCGAAACUUCGACAACAUUAUUUGUUUUGAUAUCCCUGAGCCUUGAAAACCACCAAAGCUUAUUGGUUUAUAUGAGCGAAUGGUCACACUGAAAGCUAAGAUAGCUUGAAGGAGAAUUUGACACUUCCUUUGACGAGAUCCUAUCUGUCAAUUCAUCUAGAUGGUCAGAUUUUGCAAGCAGAAUCAUGCGCUACCUGUUAUUAGAUAACUGCAUUGUUAAGUUGACCAUAUACUGCCAUGUGCAGCCAAGGGUAGCAGUAGCUGAGCGAAUCCCACUUGCUCUUCUCUAUGCAUGAUUGAGAAGAAUAUCAGGAAAAAUGUUCUCUCUGUGAGGUCCAAAUGCGGAUGACUUCUUUUUGCUAUACAUAAAGUUCUGAAGUUUUGUGAUGCUUUGUUAUAAGCACCGAUUUUCUGAUUCAUAUAGAGGUUGAUUUUGAAAUACAGUUGACAGAGAAUUGCUUUUACAGGUUUCUUUUAGGUUAGUUUAGUACUUUAUGGGGCUCACGGCAAUCUCUCUUACGGAUCAAGGUAUCGUAUAAUAUGGCAGUUCAUGUUCAUGUUUCGUUGUUUUACUGGUCACCUUAACCUACCGUACCAGGUUCCAGUUUCGAUGCUAUUUAAGAAUGUUUCUUCUUCAAACAUGAUUCGCGGGGCUUCAAUAAUGCAGACACCCCUCAACCUGCAGAAUGAUGCUCUGGUCGCUGAGUUGUAUGGUACCGAGUGGAAACAGCAAAGUGGUUUGUUAAUGAUCGAUUUUAAUGCCUGUAUACCUAUGGUAUCCUUCGUAGUUCGUGUGCUCUUCUACACAUGUAACCCCAUGUUCCCGUCUUGAACCGCAAAAUAAGUGAACCCCAUGCACAUGGAGAUAUUUUGGUGACCCCAAAGUUGUGUAUACCAUUUCAUUGCUUUACCCUACCAUGUUCUGUGGCAAGAGAAUCAAAUCUGGAUAAACAUCUGGGAUGAUAAUUUAUCUCUUGGGCAAGAACUUGUGAUGUAAGAUAUGAUUCAAAUAAACAACUUUGUGGGGUCAUUUCAGUAUCACAGUUGGC